UAAUGUAUCUACUGCCCUCUAUCGCUACUCACGACGUCAUGUGAUUUGAGAAUUUUCGCUGCAUUUUCAGGGUCGUGCAGAGAUCAUCUUUUUAACUAAUUAUUAGGGUGUCAAUAUGUCUGGAAAAGAUCGUAUAGAUGUGUUCCCUUCUAGAAUGGCUCUGACAAUUAUGAAGAGUCGUUUGAAGGGAGCCCAGAAAGGACACAGUUUGCUUAAGAAGAAAGCGGAUGCACUUAUUCUACGAUUUAGGAAGAUUUUAGGAAAGAUUAUUGAUACUAAAACGAAGAUGGGAGAAUGCAUGAAAGAAGCCUCUCUGUCACUUGCUGGUGCUAAGUUUACAAGUGGCAAUAUAAGCCACAUGGUUUUGCAAAAUGUAACAAAGGCACAAACUAAAGUUAGAAGUAAGAAAGAAAAUGUUGCAGGUGUCAACCUCCCAGUUUUUGAACCAUACUCUGAAGGAAAUGACACUUAUGAGCUAACUGGUCUUUCACGAGGAGGUCAGCAGAUAGAUAUUCUUAAGAAGAACUAUGCUAAAGCUGUUGAACUAUUAGUGGUAUUGGCAUCUCUACAAACCUCAUUCAUUACAUUGGACGAGGCUAUUAAGAUCACCAAUAGACGAGUCAAUGCUAUUGAACAUGUUAUUAUUCCAAGAAUAGAAAAGACUAUCCAAUACAUCAAAACAGAACUUGAUGAAAAGGAGAGAGAAGAAUUCUACAGGUUAAAGAAGAUUCAAGAAAAGAAGAAAAUAAUCCGAGAGAGGAAUGAGAAGGAAAAGCUAGAACGAUUGGCAGCGUAUACAAGAACAGAAGAAGAGCCCCACAAUCUGAUAGAUGAACGAGAUGAAGAUCUAUUGUUCUAGCAAAAUUUAUCUAACAAAAAUAAACUUGGGAUAAUUUAUAAUAGUAGAUGUAUUUAACAAAUUAUAAUCUUUUUUCCCUCUUUUCUAUCUAUCUUUUUCAGUUUAUCAGUCAUUAAGGGUACAUCGUUCCAUGUCAAAACUUUGGACUGAGUAUGUUCAACAGAAAGUUGUGCACAUUAGUAUUUAUAUACUGUUCAUCUCAGUAUGACCUAUGCACUUGUCAAUUGUAAUCCAAGCUUCUUUGGACCCAGGCCUAGUGGGGACUUAGCCUGAAAUGUAACUUUAAAAAAUGUUAUGCCCGUGCACAAGUCCUGGCCACCAGCACACUUGUCAAAUGCAAUCCAAGCUUCCUCGGACCCAGGCCUAGUGACGGCUUAGCCGGAAAUAUAACUUUAAAAAUUUGUAUGUACAUGUACAAGUCCUGGCCACCUACCCAGCUAUUUUGCAGUACAAAUGCCCGAAACUCCGGCUACACUGACAUUUAGAAUUCUCUGCCCUCUCCAGUUCAAUUACACCUCCCAGCACUAUGGGGAGGAUACAAAUAUAUGUACAUCCCCGGUUCAGUCCUGGAUAGUGCCCUGCUAUUGUGAGGGCCUGAGGAGGGGGAUUACAAUUGACAAGUGCAUUACUCCAAAUAAAGUCAGAUGUCCUUAUUGCGAUUUUAUAUUUUGACCUUUAAUUGGAUUGUAUUUGGUAAUGAAAAAUUAAUCAUAUACUGUAUGUAUAAUGUUGUUAUAUUGCAUUUAAACAUUUUAAAUUGUGUUUUAGGGGGUUUAUAUUGUAUGGUGGAUAAAAUUGAAAAAAUAUUGUAAAAAUGUAAUACAAUAAUAGUGUAUAUGAAGAAUAUGUUUGUGAUUAUGUAUUCAAUUAAUAAUGCUAGACAGGAUACCAGACUCGCCAGUCUGACUGUUAUGCUAUUCUAUACCCUGCCGCUUAGAUGUUGUUGCAAAGUACCCACAAACCAACAGCAAACACACCUUUGUUUGUGGUUCUAGCAAAUAUUCCCGAACCUGUUCUGAGUGGUCUGUUUGAUUGGCACUCCAGGGAUGUCCAUAAUGAGAUACUAUGCAUCACUUGCGGAAAUAGCACAAUAUAAAUGUUAAUAGAUAAUUAAUAGUUGUAAUUGUUAAUUAUCGUAAUUAUGAUAUUACAGUUUUGUGUUAAAUGUCAUUGCAUUGCAAGUUGUAAUGGCACAAUUAAUCAUUCAUCAUUUGUGAUGUGAUUCAGUUCCUCCACUGAGCUCUUUGCAGUACUUUCCUUUUUAUAAGUACUGUACAUCUUCUCAUGUCAAACAUCUUCCUUCUUUCUGCUGUUCCUUAUCGUUCUAUUCUUCCUCUAAUAACUUCCUUUAAUUUUCCUCAGUGCAUAACCAACCCAACAUAUGUAUUCAAAUUCUAAAGUUAUAUUAAGCUUGAUCUCCAUACAAUCGCUCAUAGUCGCUACAUUUUUUUUUUUUUUUUUUUUUUUUACUGCAAUUGUUGCAUUGCGUAGCUGUUCCCGUCGCAAUCGGGAUCUCUCCCUGAUUCAAAUGGCCAAUCAACGUCGCCAAAGGGGUCGGUGAUGUAGCGUGUAGCGAUUUUUAUGGAAACCAAGCUUUAAAAAACAUAAUCAUUGUCAAUCACAUAAACCACACGUGGGUACGUUGCGGCCCGAUGUCAAUUUUGUUGUGGCCCGUGAAUAUAAUUAAAACUCGUGUGUGCGGCCAACCAAACUAACAUUUUUGUUUAUAAAACUCCUUGUUAUGGCCCGACGUCGAACGUGUAAAAAGUAACAUUAAAAUAGCAUAAAACUGUA